AUGAAUAAUUGGAAUACAAUUUGCUACUCCGAAACUGAAUCUGCAACCGUUGGUUCGGAUACAGUAUCCGGAUCUUCUACUUCAAUUGAAACAAGUUUCAAUUCAAACACUCUGACCUCACAUGAAAGUUCAUUAUCUAUGAACUAUAGUAUUUUACCCUCUUACCAAAUGCAUCAAUCAAUUGUUGCAAAACAAGUUGCAUUGCAACAUGAUCAACUUUUCCCUGUGCCUUCAUACAACCUGAUACCGAGAACUUUACCAGAAUUUCAAGAGGAGGAAGUAAAUGCAGCCAUUUAUGGUUUAAAUUCUACCCUUCCAGCAUCUUCUUCAACUGGACUCUCUUCUAGUAGUUCAAUUGGAGUUAUGUCAUCAAAUCAAACCUCUUAUUUUUCAUCUUCAUAUAGUGCUAGUGAGUUAACUUCAUUAUCAUCUUAUGAUGAUUUAGAAUCUACUGUACCUUCUGCAUUUACAUCAUCUUCAUCUACAAGUUCAAAUGAAAAGAUUCUUGAUAUUCACCAUAAACUUAAAUCCAAAACAAAUUCAUCAUUAUCGAUGUCAAUGCAUUUCACAAAGAAUACCGGGAAAUUGGGAGUGAUGCCAACGUUUAUUGAUGCUAACACGUAUGAAUAUACUACUGGAGAUCAUAUACAUGGUUUCGUAAUAGUUGAAAACACUUCCCAUAUACCCAUCCCAUUUAGUACCUUUUAUGUUCUUUUUGAAGGAAAUAUUUUAAAUCAUUCAGGUAUUUUUUCUCCAAGGAAGAAAGUAACAAAUACAAAUAAUUUCUUACAAUCAAUUGACCUUUGUGCAAGUUCAAGUUAUGACAAUGAAGGAUGCUCAGUCAUAGAUCCUAUUGAUAAUUCAAGUUUAACUUUUGGAGAAAAUCAACUAUUAUAUCCUGGAAUUAAAUAUAAAAGGUUUUUUUCAUUUAAGGUUCCUCAACAUCUUUUAGAUUCAAAUUGUAAUCAAGAAACUUUAAAUUGUCAUCAUCAACUUCCUCCUAGUUUGGAUGGUGAAACAACUUAUAAUUUGUCAUUUAUUAAUACAAGCUUGGGGUAUAGUAUUCAGGCAAAGUUUGUUGCUCCAGACUACGAAUCUAAUGAGUAUAUUACACUUGAUUACAUUGAAUCAAAUAUUCGUAUUGUUCCAUUGAAGACAUCUUAUUCUAAUGAUAAUAAUCAUAAAAUACAUAUGACUUAUCAAGUUGAAAAUUUAAAAUCAAGACUUGAAGAAAAAAUUAGACAGGGUAAAGAACUUCGUGGUUUAUUACCUCCAUCUGAUAUUGAUAUCAAAUAUGAAUAUUCUCAAGAUUCAUCAAAUGAAAAGGGUUUCAAUGAAUUUAUGAAUUCUACUUCAAACACGGGAUUCCAUGAAAGUACCAUUGCACAUUUCAAAAAGAGUUCAUUUGGUAGUGCAAUAAAACAACUAGGAUCAUUAUCUAUUUCGAUUCCAGUUUAUAAACAAAGCAUUUCGUAUAUCCCACCACUUGCUUAUAGAACUGGUCAAGUAUCUACUGCGGACCUUGACAGUUGGAACAUUCACAUUCCAAUACAUUUAAGAUAUGAAUCUCAAGGUGAUAUUACAAAGAAUAAACUUCCAGAAAUUACAAACAUUAGUGCAUCACUUGUAACAUUUUCAAUAAUGUCUGAUAAUUAUCCUAUCCCUAUUGAAUUUGAUCAUGAUAUGUUAUUUAACAAUGAUACUGGAGAAGAAUUUGAUGCUCUUGUUCAAGGACCUUUUCAAAACCUUUAUCGAGGCUUGGUUGAACAAGCGCGAGCAUUAGAACAAGACCAAUUUACUGUUGAAAGCCAGUUAUUAGAAGAUGUUAGAAGUCUUAGUUCGUUAAGAAUAAAGAAAAAUGUUCUUGAUAUUGAAGAUAUUAAGGUAUAUUCAAGUUCAAAACUUGGAUCUAAUGGAAUCCCUUGGACUACUGUGAAUAAAGAUACAUUGGAGAAGAAAUGCAACAUAAGUCUUGGACUUUCAAAUUGUUCUCCUCAAGAUAGAAGAAUGAAAGAUCUUCAAGUAUCUUUAAAUCUCACAUCUUCUCAAACUCGUAAGUCUAUGUCUAAACAAUCACAACCAGCAUACGAUAAAUAUGCAAUUAUUCCUGAAUAUCAAAAUUGUUUUUCAGGUCGUUUAUAUUAUUUGCAGGUCAAUCUACUUAUUCUGAAUGGUGAGAUUAUUACCACCAAGAUCCCUCUUUCAGUUGAAAAGAGGUCAUAA